AUGGUUUCAUUGGGAAUUCACUGGAAACGUUUUAUCUCAGCGUGUAGUACUUCUACGGGUGCUGGCGGUGGACCUAUAGCAGCGUCGUCAUCUGCAGGAGCUAGUGGUGUUGGUACAUCUGCCGGCAAACCUUCAACACCGAAUUCUUUGCAAAAAUCUCCAGUGGAGUGGCAGUGCUUAAAUGAAACUGUCAAUAUUCUAUUGAAAGGAUGUCCAGUAUCACGUCUGGCUAUACUAGAUCAUUUAGCACCAUUAUAUAUUGAUUAUUUUGUUACUUGGUGGCAAAUGAAUUCCCCAUUGAAUCGAUCACAUGAAGUGAGUGGUAAUGCUGGUCGAUAUUCAAGCUUUGAAAGUCAAAAUUUCAACAAAGCUGAAGUUGUAUUACGUGAUUUAUUGCAAACGAUUCACGAACUUAUAACUGAAGAUAGAAUAAGUGAUCAUUUCUAUGCAGCAGUAUGUUCUUGGUGCCUUGUUUUAAUUCGACCUGUGUGUACUUCUGCGCCAACUCAGAUUCUGUCAAACUUCAUGGAUUUACUUAAGUCUCCCAGUCAUCAUUCAGAUAAGCCAUCAUCCUCGUCAACAUCAAUGCCAGCGAAACGUGUGCACAAAACACAUCCAACCGGUCGUAUAGCGUCGAAUAAAUCUGAAAGAAAUAUUGAUAAUAACAACAAUUCCAAUGAUUGUAAUAAAAUGAGUAGUUUUAGAGGAAUCAAUCGUCGACGUUAUGGGAAACAUCCAUCCGAUCAACAUCGUAAUCAUUUGAUAGUUGUAUCGGAUUCUGAGUCGUCCUCGAAUUCUACCAGUGAUGAAGAUAAUGUAGAACAAGGAAGUGAAGAAGAAAAAGUAGAAGUAGAGGAGGUAAUAAGCGGAGAUGUCAGACGUGAUGAAGAUACAGUACAAACAUCUGAAGUUAAUAUAAUUAGUAGUAGUAUUAAUAAAACUGAGACUAGUGAAAUCAAGCCCGUAUCUAUCAACUCAAACAAUCAACAACAGUCCACUGAUGUUCAGCUAAGUAGUUAUUUACGAAAUGACCAAAUAUCUUCUGGAUUGAACAGGUUAGAUUCAACUGAUGCAUUAUUGAAUAGGAGUGAUUCAACCGCUGAACAUACAAUCGAUUUAGAUUUAAGUCCAACUUCUGUUGUAAAUCAACAAAUUAUAGGGAUUUGGAUGAAAUGUCCUUUACUAUUGGAUCUGCUGAACAUCACAUGUAGUUGUUUACUGGGCCCAGAUGUCCGAAUGAGUUGUGUACAAGCUUUACUGUGUUGUUCUACAGUACCAGUAUGGGAUACUUCAUUUGAUAAUCUUAAGAAUUCUUGUUCCCUACCUAAUUAUGUCCUACCACACUGGAUAAUAAUUUGGCUCUUAUAUCAAACAACACGUCAAGUGAAUUUAAUGUCAUCAGGAUUAAAAAAGUUAAAUCGUUUGUGUGACUUAAUACUUACAUCUGCACUAAUGAAUCCGAUGGGAACAAAUACUCUCCAGUCAAUUUUACUGCCAGACACGUUGGCUGGUUACUUUUCACAAUGGAAUUUUGAUUCUAAUUUUUGGACGACUGUGUGUUUAACACACUUGUUAUUUCUUGGUGAUUCAGUCCCAGAAUUUGUUGGUAAAUGGUUACGUACUAAAAUGGAGCCACUUUUCUCCUAUGCCCUGGGUAUUUCACCAAAUGAAACUUCCCCAAAUGAUAAUGAGAGCCUGGAUAACCGAGGGUGUUUAACUCAACAAAUGAAAUUGUUCAAUCUUCUAAUCAGUCUAAGUUUAAUCUCAGUCCCAGUUCCACCGCAAUCUCCUCCAGAACAACAAAUACCACUAGGUAGCAGUAGUCAUCCAACAUCUGAUAUAAGCAUGGAUCGAUCGUGGAGACAUCCACAACCUUUCUUCAAAGGUUUUAAUUAUACUGGUAUGUCUGUCCCUUUUCGUCCUGGUGGACCAUGCCUGCCGAACGAAAUGGAUAGCGCGCCGAUGUUACCUCGGUUCCCCGUGCCCUUACCGCCAAGAAAUAUGAAUCCAACAUUCCCAGGCCCACGUCAUAUGCCGAUUCCACCAGGUGGUGGUAAUAGUAGUAACAAUAUGAUGAAUACAGGCUUACCAACUGGCCAAACGAAUUCCAUGCCAUUCCGAUUUAAUUUCCCGAGACCGUUUGAAGCGCCUUUACAUCGACCUCCGUUACUUCAAGUCCCAGUAAAUGUUCAGUCACUUCGACCUAAUUUAAAUAAUUUAUAUUAUAUACCAACUGUUUGUGGUGUUGGUGGUGGCGGUUUACUGUUGUUCAAUGAACGUCAAUCAGCCAUCUGUUCCCUUCAGUCUGGACGUCGUCAACCAAGUUCACUCAUAUGGAUCCUAAGCUUAAUUAGACGCAUUAAAGCUGUCACUAUAUCAAUUAUAAUUGAUAAUUUAGUCUCGUUAACUCCAUUACAUUUGUUUAGUUUAUUUCAAAAUCAAUGUGAAUUAAAUCAACAAACUGCUUAUAGCCUAUUACAUCUCAUAGUUAAAGCAAUAAUUCAAGCGCCAUUUGGUUCAAAUGUUGAACAAUUACUGGUUUAUUUAAUUAAUAUCUGUGAAACAGAAGCAAAUCAAUCAUCUGUUAAUUUUGUGUGUCCAAUCCCAAGUGUGUCUACUGCUGCUGCUAACAUCGAUGAACUACAAUGUCCAAAUGCGAAGAAAAAGAAACUAACUGUAGAUGACCAACGGGAUCAAAAUCAAUCUGCAUCAGGAUAUGAUAACUUCUUAAACAACUUCGUUGCAUAUUGUCGAGAGAUUUUACGGCUUUUAUGCGAAACAACACUUGUUCUUAUCUACUCAUUGUCUGAAACAUCAGAUCUCUUAGACCAAGGUGGUUGUGAAGGCUUUCUGCGUGCAAUCCAACAGCUAGCUGAUCGUCCAUCUCCCUCACUUCUGUACAACAGUAUUGAUACUCCUGCUGCUGCUGGGUGUACUAGAAACGAUAAAACAAUAAAAUCAACCAUAUCAUCAUUAUUCACUUCAAAGUUUUGUUUAUUUCAAAAGUUGAUGAAUUCAAAUCAUUUACAAAGUAGUUCAUGUGCUCAAAUGAUUUUAAGCUUAGGAUUUACAUUGGAGCCAAGUUCAAUGGAGCAUUUGUUGUUUUAUUUAUGCUGUUGGAAACCUUGUGCAGAAAAAUCCGAUUCCAAUGGUACUUCACUUAUAUCACCAGUGUCAUCCCAACGGAAAAAGUCAACUACUACAGCGACACCCACAUCUCAAGAUAUCUUCUGUUGUCCGUUAAUGUUAUUUUUCCCUAUAUUAAACGAAAUACAAUCAAUUUGGACGGCUAGAACCUCUUGUAAACCACCAUCAUUGCCCACAGAGACUUCAACACAACAAAAAUCGACCAGCAGUCUAUCAUUCAUUCGUUCUUCGAUUUAUCCAACUACAUCAGUCCGUAGUGAAUAUUUAUUAAUGCAAAGCCAUAUUAAUAGCAGUAAUGAUAACAGUAAUAAUAAUAAUGAUCAGACAACAUCCUCCUCCUUAUCACUGACGUCACCAAAUGGACUUUUGUAUAUUCAACAAUUACUCGCCAAUAAAUUUCUUCCUUUAAUGUGGUCAAAUGUAGAAAAUGGUACUGGUGAAUUACGUACUCGCCUUUUACGCAAUCUACUUUGGCUAGUGUAUCGGGAGAUGACUUUAAUCAGAAAGAAAACUGUUCAACCACGUUUACUGUUCGCUCUUGCGGCUCACUUUGACACGAUUGUCAAGAUAAUGGUUAAGAGUGUUAAUCUUGAGUGUACAGAUCUACUCCUCAGCUUGUGUGAGUGUAUAUUCAGUUCAUUUCAGUUCUCAUCGUCAACUAAUGACCCUCUGCAUUCUUAUUUUAACAAUGUCAAUAAUAAUAACAGUAAUGAUAUUUUGUUAACGAAAUCAUGUGAUCCAAGACAACUUCCUCAUGCCAUACACCAUCCUCAAUGUUCAUUCAUAACUACACGACCACGUCAUGGAUAUCAAAGCAAAGAGGUGUUGAAGCCAAGUAAUAACAAUAACUCCCCUAAACGUCAUCAUCAAUUAUUAGCUUUUCUACAUUUAUCUCCAGGACAAUGUAUACUGUUAGCGCAAAGUUUUGUUCAAUUGAUAUCACAAUUGUUUAGAAUGUCAAAUGAAUUCAUUAUCCCUCGGGAAUCAACCUCAUCCCUAUCAUCAUCAUCUCCAGAUAUCUAUUUUGAUUUGUUGGGUAGAAUACGAAAUCUGUUAAAGAUGUUAUACUCUUUUGAAGAAUUAUCAAUAUUUCGUUCUACACUUCUACGAUUAAUUCCAAAGGCUAUGAUGUCUGAUUACACAGAAUCUAAUCUAGACGACCUAUUUAAAGCUGUUAUACCCACAAUAACAGACAAUCAUGAUUUAUUCAACAUUUCAUACCUCCCUUCAAGUCUUUUCAGUAAUGCACCAUCGUCUACUGAUAUCCCGUCAAAAUUGCACAAUAAUCUUUUGUUAUUGAAUAAUCCACCAAAGAAAACUGAUCAAACAUUUGAUGACAGUUUAAUUCGUGGUCAAUUAAAGCCUCGAAUGAACAAAAACACUGAAAUAACAAUCAGUAAUGGUGUUAUACCAAUAAACAUGAAGGGCACUCUCGGUGAUGGUCCACGUGGUCUUGAUUUUCAUCCUAUGCUAAAUAUGAUAAAGAAACCAAAAAUCAAUGGAAUUAAUUGGCAACCAGUUGAAUUGCAUUGGUUAAAUCUUAUCCGAUUCACUAUUAUGGAUGGUGAUUACCUUUUUAAUAUGCGUCAUUCGGAGUCGGUGGUUGUCUUAACCCCUCAACAACAAGUCAACAAUAAUUCUUUUCUUGUACCCGCCUCUGAUGACGGUCAGCGUCGCGAUUUAAUCUCGGGAUUAGAAGAUGUUGUCAUGCAGACUAGUGGCAUCCAUCUCCCCCAAACAUCAAUAAUAAGUUUACCAUUUCCAUCAUUAAAUUUAGUCCUACCACCGAGUGGUGUUGGUUUAGAGCGUGUAGUUAACUUACUAUAUUGGUUCUGUCCCGAAGCUAAACAACUUAUGUCUGACAGUGGGCGUGACGCUGGCAGUCAGUUAGAUGAUCCCCAACAUUCAAUGAUUCAAUUAUCAUCACAAGGAAUUUUAGAAAUAUCAAUUAUUUUAGAGAAGCUACGCUUAAAAUGCUAUGGAUUACCCCCACUGUGUCAUCCAUUACCUUUAUAUGCAUUGUAUUUUUGUGAAACAUCAUCGAUUUUACACUUUCUGGAUCCUCUACCAUUUCUCUCGUCUCCUAAAAUCCUAUUGGGUAUUUUAAUGGGUUUAGAAGCUGUAUGGGCUUCACCAGUUGCACCAAGAAUAUCAAUACAGCAGGCUAUAAACACUUUAAUACAAGUAGAUGAUAUUAGUUAUGUGGAACAAUCUUUUCCUGUAUGCGGUGCAAAUAAAGCGUGUAAAACGCAUGCUCGUAAGGGAACCUAAUUAAAAAAGAGAAGAAACAAAAGAAAGGCUGAGCCUAUCAUUUCAAUGGACUCUUGAAUCAGCCACCAUCCUCAACUCGUCCAGAGAUACCACUAACAGCCAUAGAACUGCCAAUGGACACCGGUUCCCCAACAAAAGCAGAAAUCUUGAGUGACAAAGCUACUAAAGGCCUGAGAAGCAGCUGGACUAGACGAAUUUCCCCCAGGACUACUGAAAACAGAUCUAGAUACGUUAGCGAAUACACUCACCACUGUUGCAGAAAGUUUGGAAGAAAGGAAAGGUGACUACCGAUUACAGCUCAUUCGUUAAAUUGUCCAUCCUAUUUCGUAACUGUUAUACCCUUAUCAAAUUGCUCGUAUGCAUUGAUUGGUAUUAACAACUAUGUUUGUGACAACUCAUCACAUCUGUUACAACUUUCUUUCAUGAAAAAUUGUAUAUGAAUGCGAUUGUACAGCUAAAGACAAAAGAUUUGUUGAAGCCAUUC